GUCAAAUGUCUAUUUUCCAUACACAAUGGCCUGUCAAUAGAAACUUUAUUAACACAAAAUGUCCUAAAUUUCCAGUGAUAUGUAUUCAUUUUCGUAUAUUCUCAUACAUAAAUCCUUAUUAAGUGUCCAUUCAAACAAUUAUUCCAAAUCUCAUUACGACGUAUUGAAUUUAUCAAGAAAUUGUACAACAAAACAAAUUAAAGAAUCAUUUAUAAAACUUUCUAAAGAAAAUCAUCCCGAUUUGAAUAAAAAUAAAGAUGCACACGCUAAAUUUUUGGCAAUUAAUGAAUCUUAUAGAGUUUUGAGUAACGCACAAUCUAGGAGAAAUUACGAUUUAGGAUUAAUAUCUGAAAAUAACCAAGGAAAAUCCCACCCAGGUCCAAACGUGUAUACAAGAAGUUGCGGAAAUGAUUAUUGGAGCGAUCCGACUUUUUACAAUAACCGUGAUAAAUCUAAAGAUAAAUUUUAUGAAGAAAGACCUUAUUACGGGAUUAGAGGUAAAGGUAAAGUGUCGAAUUUCACCGUGGUUGCCGUAUGUAUAGCAUUAGCAAGUUUUGUAGUGGGAUUACAAGCUUUAGCUAUCGUAAAAUCCACGACGUUCCAGAGAGAUAAACUAUUGGAAAAAUCGAGCGAGGCGGAAAAAUCUCUUAAGGAACUUAAGAGGAAUGUUGAAAUCAAUGGAAAUCGUGUUCAAUUGGAAAUUUUGAAUAUGAAAUUUGCGGAACAAGAACGAAUGCAUCGUAAAAGACAUUAAAUUCAUUCAAGAGUAUUUGUAAAUAUAUUUUUCCAAAAAAAGAAAA